AUGCCGCUGGGCCUGAAUCCCCAUCAAUAUCGUAUGGGCCGUAAAAACUUUGCUCCCUUCAGUGGGCAACAAAAGAAUGUUAACCUUUUUGAAAAACCUUUCGACAAAUUCUUUAUUGUAAAACGCAUUUCUGAAAACAACGAAACAUUUAACAGCGUUUCACCGUUUCUAGUAGAAAAAGCAAUGACAGGAGCACUUGGAGAAGUUGUUUCAACUCGAAAACUUCGCUCUGGUGACUUACUUGUAGAAGUCGGUAGCCGCAAGCAAGCUCAACAAAUAAUUAAAUUAAAGGUAUUAGCAUCUCUAACCGGUAGUGAAAGCGCUCAUACGGCGCUUAAUUCUUCAAAAGGCGUAAUAACCUGUGGCGAGCUAUUUAACGACACCUUGGACAAAAUUACAGCAGAAUUGAAACCCGAAAAAGUGACGCAUGUAUGCCGUAUAACAAUUCGGCGGGAUGGACAACUCCUUCUCACAAAACACUUUAUUUUGACAUUUAGUAGACCUAAAUUGACAGAACGGGUAAAAGUGGGCUAUAUGAGACUAGCCGUGAGACCUUACAUACCAAAUCCUCUCUGGUGCUUUCAGUGCCAACGAUUUGGACACUCGAAAUCCAACUGCCGCGGGACUCUCACUUGCGCCCGGUAUGCAGUGAAAGGCCACGAAAGUCAGCAAUGUUCCGCUGAAGAAAAAUGUGUGAAUUGCAAUGGCAAUCACACUUCAUUUUCUAGGUCAUGUCCACGUUGGUUGAUGGAGAAACAGAUUCUAACAAUUAAACAUAAAGAAAAUAUCUCUUACUCUGAAGCUAGGCGUAAAGUACAGUGUGUCCAGACACCGACACCUGGUGUAACUUGUGCUUCCGUUUUGCAAAAACAAUUUUGUGCAAAUUGCUCUUGCACUAAUUGCGUUAAAAAUAUCAAUGAAAGUAAGCCGCCUGUGAAAUCAGACUCCGAUUCUGAAAAGUCCGUAACUAGUGCUCCUGAAACUGGAAAACCUGAAAUAGCUCAACGCAAACGGAAAUCAAAUGAAUCACUAAAGCUUAAGCUUUCGAAACGUGGCGUUUCCGAAAAACAUCUUUCACAAAAGAUAAAAGCAUCAAGUUUACAUAACUCUGUCACUCUGGGACUUGCGAAUCAGGGUAUAGUCCAAAAGGAUCUAUCAUCCAUUUUCAGUGGCGUGCCCAAUUGUCUCGAACUUAUCGCACUACAUUCAUCCGAAGAAGAGGAUGAAAUCCAAAUGAGUUGCGCAAUAAGCAUAUUCUGGUGCAAUGCCCGAGUUUUAAUACAUUUAGACGAAACCAUUUUGGUAAAAAUAACAUUGAAUUAA